AUGUUCACAAAUAUCCUGUCCAUUCACAGGUUCUAUGAUUCAUGUGCCCAACACUAUCAAGGAGCAUGGUGGUUCAACAACUGCUUCGAAGCUCACCUCAAUGGCAAAUACUAUCAUAAAGGCUUCCACAAGAACUAUUUCCAGCGUGAUGGCAUACAGUGGAAUACCAUACAUAUGUACUCAUCACUCAAGGCUGUUCUGAUGAUGGUCAAGCCAGCAGAUCAUCCCAGAAAUCCCACUUCAAAUGAAGUCAUUAGUGACGCAUAA